GCAAUCUCUUGGUCAUCCCCUGUACUAUCCGCAGUCUCUGGUCAUCUCCUGUACUUCGUCCGCAGUCUCUGGUCAUCCCCUGUACUGUCUGCAGUCUCUGGUCAUCCCCUGUACUGUCUGCAGUCUCUGGUCAUCUCCUGUACUGUGUCCGCAGUCUCUGAUCAUCCCCUGUACUGUCCGCAGCCUCUGGUGAUCUCCUGUACUAUGUCUGCAGUCUCUGGUCAUCUCCUGUACUGUGUCCGCAGUCUCUGGUCAUUUCCUGUACUAUAUCCGCAGUCUCUGGUCAUCUCCUGUAGUAUGUCUGCAGUCUCUGUGUUCUGUCUCUCCAAUCUAAGCAUUGUCUGUUCAUCUCCUGUACUAUGUCCGCAGUCUCUGGUCAUCUCCUGUAGUAUGUACGCAGUCUCUGUUCAUCUGUUUUUGUAUGUCUGC